AUGAACACCGCAGGACCGUCCCCGGGAAAGGCAUUCUCCUGCAUUCGGUGCUUUGAGCGCAAAGUCAAAUGCGACAAGCAGAGCCCAUGCUCGAAUUGCGUCAAGUCCAAAGUCGAGUGCAUCUUUCGUAUUCCGCCGCCAGCUCGUCGAAGAAAGAAACGCACCCAAGAGGACUUGCUGCUUGCCCGCCUCAAGAAAUGCGAAGAGCUCCUCAAGAGCAAGGGCAUUGACAUCGACACUGAGGUCGCCUCCAGCAGUCUUUCCGCAUCGGUAACCUUGGAGAGCCCAUCCAGCUCGCAACCACCGAUAGGAUCCCCACAACCUCUGGACCCCGAUGCAGAGAGCGUGCUUGCGAAGCAGCGCCAAAUCUUCGCCGCCUACCCACCCGAGCUCCAAAAGUCCGGUCAAUUGAUUGUGGAUCAAGGGAAAUCCCGCUUCAUUGAAAACCCCCUCUGGGCGAGUCUCUCUGACGAGUUUCGACAACCAAAUGAAGCCAUCGCCGAGUAUUCCGAGGACGAGGAUGAAAUCGGUUCUCCCAUUGAGGAGAGCACCGACUUCAUUCUCGGCUUUACCCCCUCGAGUAACCCAGUUCACCAAUUGCACCCGUCGCCAGCCAACAUUCUCAUCUUAUGGCAAAUGUUUUUGGACAACAUCAAUCCCAUGACCAAAUUGAUCCACCAACCAACCCUCCACAAGACACUCGUUCAAGCCUCCUCACAGCUCGAUAACCUCCCACGAGGUCUCGAGGCCUUGAUGUUUGCAAUUUACAGUUCCGCUGUCUAUUCGAUCGAGGAUGACGAGUGUGAAAUGAAGCUCGGUGAGCCCCGGAAAAUUCUCCUGGCAAGAUACCGACAUGCGACCCGGAAAGCCCUUGCCAGGGCGAGAUUCAUGGCCACAUCGGAGAUGGUGGUCCUCCAGGCAUUCUUCCUGUACCUUCUGACCAUGCGUGAAGACUACGACGCGCGAACCACCUGGACCUUGGCCGGAGUGGCUAGCCGUAUCGGGCAGGGCAUGGGACUUCAUCGCGAUGGAACGAGUCUUGGGGUGUCGCCAUUUGAGACGGAAAUGCGCCGUCGCCUGUGGUGGCAGAUCACUACCCUGGAUUUUCGGUCGGCAGAACUGAGUGGCUCUGGGCGAUCUGGCGAUUUCUCCAUGUCUGAUACGCUGGUACCUAGCAACGUCAAUGACGAAGACAUUUACCCGGAUAUGACAGAGCCACCCGUCCCUCACACACGACCAACGGAGAUGAUUUCCUGCCUCCUACGCUGCGAGCUGGGGAACUUCUGGAAGGAGAAGUUCCGGCAGAGAUCGACUGUCGCCCUCGAGCAUCUUCGGAUUGACUCGCCCUUUACCAGUUUUCUCGAGGAGAGGGAUGCUUUCAUCAAUGAGCUGGAACAGCGUCUGGAGGAGAAGUUCUUGAGAUACUGCGACCCUUCAACCCCCAUACAAUUCAUGGCCAUCAUCAUCGGAAGAGGAGCAAUCAACAGCAUGAGGCUCAUGGCCCACCACCCUCGCAAAUGGGGCAAGGGGAAAGACAUUCCGCCUGCGGAAAGAGAGUAUCUCUGGAACGUCUCGAUGAAUCUCCUCGAAGGCAUCAACCUGGCACAUUCGUCCAAGCCCCUGCGGCGGUUCAUGUGGCACACGCGGGUGUUCUUCGUGUGGCAGGCCUUUAUCGACAUUCUCAACGAACUCAAAGAACGCACACUGGGCGACGAUGUCGACAAAGCCUGGCAAGAGAUCGACGAGAUCUACCGGCAUCAUCCUCAUUUUGUGACGGAUUACAAGAAGCCUCUGCACGUCGCAGUGGGGAGUCUCUGUCUCAAAGCCUACAGCGCGCGGGAAACCGCGCUGCGUGAGUCCACCAACGGUGUCUUCCCCAAGGUCACACCGGAGUACAUCAAGCUGCUCCGCGAGCAGCGCGAAAGCGGACCGCUCAGGCGUGUGACGACGACCGCUGCCGGAUCGUCCACCCAGGCGUCCCAAAGUGACGACAAGGCUACUACCGGUGCAGAGAGCAGUGAGCGAUCCUCGACUAUCACGGGGUGGGAGAACGCGACGUUGUCGGACCAGUCGCCCAGCAACUACAUCGCUCCUCAAUUCGCCGCCAGUGCGUUUUCCUCGGGUGGCAGCAGUGGUGCAGGCGCCCCGCAUCAGCUCCCACUCCCAGCGUUCCAACCUAUCCCGACGCCGCUCGGGGGAGACGGCAUUAUGUUCGCGUCGGAUCCGAAUUUCGCUCAGGCCUUGGACGUGGGCGACAUGCCCAUGGACUGGGCGCAGUGGGACAUGAUCAUGCAGGACUUUGACGGCCAGACGCCGUAUCGUAGCUAG